GGUUCCUGAGCCAGUUCGGCGAGAUCGAGCAGCUGCGCGUGGUGCGCAACCCCAAGACGGGGAGGUCGCGGCACUAUGGCUAUGUGAAGUUCGCCGCGCCUGAGGUGGCGGCGAUAGUGGCGGAGUGCAUGGACAACUACCUGCUCUUCGGCCACCUGCUCAAGACCCACCUCGUCCCCGCCGCCCGCGCCGACCGCGACCAGCUGUUCUACACUCCCCACAAGAACCCUCCAGAAGUCUCUCAACCCAAGACGGUGGAGACAUGGGAGGACUACAGUGAGCAGGCGCGCAAGCAGUCCAAGAAGCUCAACGCCACCAUGAAGCGCCUCAAGGCCGCGGGCAUCCAAUACCACUUCCAACCCAAGCCCAAGGCAGCGAGGCCCGAGGGGGGGAUGCACCAGCGCUUCAACGAGGAGGGCGAGGCAGACCCUGCCGCUGCCACAGCUUCAAGCCCAGCCCCAGCCUCUGCAGGCACUGGCAAGGGGGCGAAGCAGACGAGUGGCGCGAAGGAGCCAGGGAAGGCAAAGGAGCAGAAGAGGAAGGAGAAGGCGGAGGGGAAAGUGGAUGGGCAAGGGGAGAAGAGCGCGGGAGAUGCCGAGGCAGGGAAGCAAGAGCAGGCUGGGAAAGGUGUGAAGGAGGUGCAGGCAGAGGGUGGGGAUGGAUUGGCAGGGAAGAAGGUGAGCAGUGGAGGCGUGAGUGAGGCGACAGUGCGGGGCGAGGAGAAGAAGUGGGGCGAGGAGAAGAAGUGGGGCGAGGAGAAGAAGGGGGGCGAGGAGAAGAAGGGGGGCGAGGAGAAGAAGGGGGGCGAGGAGAAGAAGGGGGGCGAGGAGAAGAAGGGGGGCGAGGAGAAGAAGGGGGGCGAGGAGAAGAAGGGGGGCGAGGAGAAGAAGGGGGGCGAGGAGAAGAAGGGGGGCGAGGAGAAGAAGGGGGGCGAGGAGAAGAAGGGGGGCGAGGAGAAGAAGGGGGGCGAGGAGAAGAAGGGGGGCGAGGAGAAGAAGGGGGGCGAGGAGAAGAAGGGGGGCGAGGAGAAGAAGGGGGGCGAGGAGAAGAAGGGGGGCGAGGAGAAGAAGGGGGGCGAGGAGAAGAAGGGGGGCGAGCAGGACGUGGUGGCGCGGGCCAAGGCAGUGGCGGCACGGCUGAAGCAGGAGGCGGAGAAGUUUGCGCAAGAGCUGGGGAAAGAUGCUGUGGAUGCUGACGAUGAUGGUGGCUCACGUGAGGGAGGGGCGGGUGUGGAUGAUGAGGGUGCAGGGGUGGUUGACGAGCCAUGGAGCGAUGAGCAUGAGGAGGAAGAGGAGCUGUUGCAUGAAGAGCAGGAUGUGGAGGAGGAAGAGGAUGAGGAGAGUGAGGGUAGUGGAGAGUGGGGUAGUGACGAGGGGGGCAGUGACAAGGGGGGUAGUGAAGGGGAGGGAGAUGAGGACUAG